AGAGUUAGCCGCGUGGUGCAGCACCAUACCGGGCACAGAGAAAAUCCCGGGCGUAAACACACUUCUUUUCCUCUCUGUUAAAUAUACAUAUUUUUGUUAAAUAUACAUAUUUAGAUAAGCUGGCUAUAUUAUAUUCAAUUUUAUUCAAAGAACAUUACAUGGUUCAUUUUGAAAUUACUGUCAACUUUGACACUGAAACUCAAUCGAUUAGUCACUGCACUCGUAAAGGUAGCGAUAUUGAACUUUUUAUGUUGUGUAUGUACAUAUAAUUUGGUUUGAUUUGCUUUUCAAUUUCGUGAAAGUAUUUAUUCUGUGGAAAGUUGUGACAUGUUAAUCGGAGAUCAAAAAGGGAUAUUAAUUGAAAUAAAAUAAUCCUGAUGCAUCAUGGCUGAUUCAUCAUAUGAAAAAGGACUUACUGAACUUUCAAAAAUGAAGGUUGCAGAUUUGAAGAUUGAACUGAAACAGAGAGGACUUUCUACCACUGGCAAUAAAAAUGAAUUGGUUGAAAGGCUUCAGUUAGCAAUACAUGGUGACUCUGCAUUAUCUCUGGAUGAAACUGCAGAAGAAAUUUUAGAUGAAGAUGCAGUUCUUGGGGAUGAAGAAAUAGAAGAAUUAUCAAGUAAACCAGAUUCACAAGAAGUUGAGAAAAAGCGAAAACUAUCUACUGAGAGUAAUACGAAUGCUAAAAAAAUAGUUCUAAACCGAAAACCAGUAAUUGAAGAAGUUAAAAAUGAGCAAACAGAAAAAGCUGAAAUUGAUACAAAGACUACCGAGGUUGCACCAGCUGAAAGAAAAAUUAUUAAAUUAUCAGAGCUUGGUGUCAAAGAGAGGCUAGAAAUGAGAGCUAAGAAAUUUGGAUUGCCGUUAUCAGAAGCUGCUAAAAAGGAGGUUAGAUCUGCAAGAUUCAGUAUUAAUAAUCAAAAUAAUAAGUCAGCUGCAUCUGUAAAAACACCUGUGCAUACAACUUAUGAAGUUCUAAAAAAGCGUGCGGAAAGGUUUGGUACUUCUGUUUCCACUUUAAUGGAAAAGGCUGAAUUAGAAGCUAGAAUAGAGAAAAGAAAAGCAAGAUUUGGUGAGGUGAAGCCUGCAAAUGAGAAAGUAUUUCACAAUAAAGUUAAAAUUGUUAAAUGAUA